CUUCUCCUCCUCCUCCUCCUCCUCCUCCUCUCAGGCUGUGGUUUUUCUGUAUAUGUUUCUGGAGUCCUGAGCCUGGGCUAAACAAAAGCAGGAGGCUGACGGGGCUGCUGGAGUUUGCAGAGACACGGAGGAGGAGAGAGCUUGGGCUUUGCCUGCCGCCACGGCUGGGGGAGAUCUGGCUUCUGCUACAGCCCACCCCCUUUGAGAUCACUCUGGCCCGGAGUGGGGGUGGGGGGCAGCGGGGGGUGGGGGGGAAAGUUUGCAUUGCAAUCCCCCUGCCUUCCUCUCCUUUCUCCCGAUCAAUGCAUAUUUGCAAAAGGAUUAAGCCACAGAUUUAAGCGCCGGGAGCCCAUUUCUGCCUUGCAAAGGAGAUCGGACUGAAAAACCCAAAGGCAGCUCUGAUUUCUUUUCGCCAAGUGGGAAGGUGGUUUAUUUUUCUUGCUUUUUUGGAGUCAACACCCUUCCCCACCAGCCCUUUUCCCCACCCUCACCCCGCAACCCCUUCACGCCCCCCUCCCCCUCCCCCUCCUCCCACCAUCCUCUAAAGAGGCAAAGAGAUUUUUUUUUUUUCCGUUUGGUCUUUUUUUUUUUUUUUUUAAACCCCGGUCCCUGUUUAUCCUGAAAAGGAUUUGAAGACAGCUUGAAGGAUAAAAAGCCUCGGUGCUUCCCAGGCGCCGAGCCGAGGAGCCGAAGAGGAAGAGCCGGGGCUGCCGGAGCCUUCGGAGAUGGACGAGCAGCCGAGGCUGAUGCAUUCCCACGCUGGGGUCGGGAUGGCCGGACACCCCGGCCUGUCCCAGCACUUGCAGGAUGGGGCCGGAGGGACCGAGGGGGAGGGCGGGAGGAAGCAGGACAUCGGGGACAUUUUACAGCAAAUUAUGACCAUCACAGACCAGAGUUUGGAUGAAGCGCAGGCCAGAAAACAUGCUUUAAACUGCCACAGAAUGAAGCCCGCCUUGUUUAACGUGUUGUGUGAAAUCAAAGAAAAAACAGUUUUGAGUAUUCGGGGAGCCCAAGAAGAGGAGCCCACAGACCCCCAGCUGAUGCGACUGGACAACAUGCUGCUAGCGGAGGGAGUGGCAGGGCCCGAGAAGGGCGGAGGUUCGGCGGCAGCGGCGGCAGCAGCGGCAGCUUCUGGGGGCGCAGGUUCAGAUAACUCAGUGGAGCAUUCCGAUUACAGAGCCAAACUGUCACAGAUCCGACAAAUCUACCACACGGAGCUGGAGAAGUAUGAGCAGGCAUGCAAUGAAUUCACUACCCAUGUGAUGAACCUCCUUCGAGAACAAAGCCGGACCAGGCCCAUCUCCCCGAAGGAGAUCGAGCGAAUGGUCAGCAUCAUCCACCGCAAGUUCAGCUCCAUCCAGAUGCAGCUCAAGCAGAGUACUUGUGAGGCGGUCAUGAUCCUGCGCUCCCGGUUUCUGGAUGCGAGGCGGAAGAGACGGAAUUUCAACAAGCAAGCCACAGAAAUUCUGAAUGAAUAUUUCUAUUCCCAUCUCAGCAACCCUUACCCCAGUGAGGAAGCCAAAGAGGAGUUAGCCAAGAAGUGUGGCAUCACAGUCUCCCAGGUAUCAAACUGGUUUGGAAAUAAGCGAAUCCGGUACAAGAAGAACAUAGGUAAAUUUCAAGAGGAAGCCAAUAUUUAUGCUGCCAAAACGGCUGUCACUGCCACCAAUGUGUCAGCCCAUGGAAGCCAAGCUAACUCGCCCUCCACUCCCAACUCAGCGGGUUCUUCCAGUUCUUUUAACAUGUCAAACUCUGGAGAUUUGUUCAUGAGCGUGCAGUCACUCAAUGGGGAUUCUUACCAAGGGGCCCAGGUUGGAGCCAACGUGCAAUCACAGGUGGAUACCCUUCGCCAUGUUAUCAGCCAGACAGGAGGAUACAGUGAUGGACUCGCAGCCAGUCAGAUGUACAGUCCGCAGGGCAUCAGUGCUAAUGGAGGUUGGCAGGAUGCUACUACCCCUUCAUCAGUGACCUCCCCUACAGAAGGCCCUGGCAGUGUUCACUCUGACACCUCCAACUGAUCUCCCAGCAAUCGCAUCCCGGCUGACCCUGUACCGCAGUUGGGGCAGGGGCAGGAGGGAGGGUUUCUCUCCCAACGCUGAAGCGGUCAGACUGGAGGUCGAAGCAAUCAGCAAACACAAUAAGAGUCUCCUUCUCUUCUCUUCUUUGGGAUGCUAUUUCAGCCAAUCUGGACACUUCUUUAUACUCUCUUCCCUUUUUUUUCUGGGUAGAAGCCACCCUCCCCUGCCUCCAGCUCUAAGACUGGUUUCUGUCAUCUUCCCUGGCCCCGUUCUCUGCUCUAGACUCCCCGGGUUCCUCCCCUCUAUUGAAUAUCACUGAAGGAUAUUUUCAACCAUUAGAGGAACUUAAAAAGGAAAAACCAAUUACAAAGAAAACAAUAAAUGUAUUUGUAUGUUUUCAUGCUGGUGGUUUGAGGAGCCAAGUUUACCUCACUCGGAGCCCUCAUCCCUACGUUGACAGGCAAUCUUUCUGUCUCUUGUUACUCUCACUACCUCUUAGCAGGAAUACACCACACUGCCCUACUCAUUCCAGGCCACCCUGUCUCCAUUUGCCCCUUCUUUCUGGGAACAAUCCCGAUUUCUUCCUCUUCUUUCUGGCCCCAGGUAUCUGUUGGGGACUGCCAUAGCUGGGCUUCUAAAGGUGCCACACGUCCCGAUGUCGCUCUAUCAGGUUGAGUCCCAGGCAGGAAGACAGGCAGGAGGGGCGGGGCACAGGGAACAGCAAGGGCAGGAUUCCUACCAGCUUUCUCAUCCUCUUAGAAACAGCUCUUGGCCACAGAGGCACAGUCUUUGGAGACCAUCCAACACUUGGGCAGCCAUGUUCAGCACCUCAUGCAUGCAGGGUCUGAGAGAGGUAUCCUGAUGGUGCAUCAGUAAAGAGUGAAGGCGUCUCAUCCUGAGAGGCGUCACUGUCCCCUCAUAGACAUGUGCACACAUAACAUAACACACAGGUGAACAUACUUACAAACUGACAUCUUUGCUUGGCAGGAUGCUACCACCCUUCCCAGUGACCUCCCCUACAGAAGGCCCUGGUAGUGUUGACUCUGACACCUCCAACUGACAUCCCAGCAAUCGCAUCCUGUGCAAAUGUAUACAUUAGCAAUCAUAUUACUCUAGCUGGUGAGCCUGAAAGAGAAGCAAUAUGUGCCUGGAGCUUCUAGGACCCGCCACCAUGCAGUUACCACAGUAGAAUGCACAGGGCUUUAUUGGCAUGCAAGUCAGCUUUCAAGUGUAAACGGUUUUCAUUCCCACCACCUCAGGAGCUCUCAGGGAGCCAUACGCAGGACUUACAGUGUCUUCGAUGGAUUUGGCUGCUUUGUCUGUGUUCUUAUUAUAUUAUCUUUUCAAAACAUUGUAGUACAGUGUGGUCUUGAUCCUGGCUUCUUCCUCUGGAGGAGAGAGUAGUAUAGUAUGUGGUUCAGGUGGACUUUUUGCUAAUUAAUUUGAAGACCUAAGAAUCAUAGAGUAAGAGUGUUGUUGUUGUUGUUGUUGUUGUUGUUGUUGAAAUAAUCACAGUGAUCUAUAUACCAUGGGAUUGAAAGAAAAUAAUGUUUUCUAGAAAUGUAGUCUUGCUUUUGACUUGAGUUUAAAUUCCCCAGUCAACUCUGCCAGCCUUAAAGAUGGUAGCUUUGCCAGUAGGUUAAGUGGCAUGUGAUGUCUUUGGGACCUCAUGCUUAUCAUCUGUAAAAUGGGAAUUGUUAUGCUUCACUCACCAAGGGGCUUGUAAAGGCCCAAGAAACUGGUUUUGUUUAUAUUUAAUCUCUAGGUCUGAUGGUCAAGGAAAGCAAUGCCCCUGUGAUGAACUGUUUCAUGCUAGGUCAGAACAAUACAUGGUUUUCUCAUUCUAAAUUCUGUUUGUGUUCUUGAUGUCAUCACCAUAAUGACAAAGCAUUGUUUUAGAGGCUUUCUGCUCUGAUUUGGUUUCAGUCUGUUAGUCUUCUUAGGAUAGAGAAGAGAUUUGAAACUAGAGGGGUAGAACUUGGUCUUGUUAGCUUCUACUUGAAUCCAGUAUGUGGCCUUGCAAUCCUUGUCCCUAUUACAGCUACUCUGCUUCAGGGACUUCCAGGAAGGCAUACGAGAGCUUGAGGGCUAGGAAGCCAGUUUACAAAAGUCACACAUAUUUCACUCGGUACUGCAGUGAUGAGUAGGAAACAUCCUUCAUGCGUGUUUAGAGGGACAGGCCACACAUACUGGGAAACCUGAGGAUGACUAUUUGAAGAUAAUGCAGAAAGUAAUUAUUUGGCAAAUGAAAAUGACAAAGGUCACUGGAAAGAGUGUCAGCUAACCUGUGCCAUGCUCAGAACAGGGUGCCUAGAAGGUGACAUCAUCGUUAGUCCGUACAGUGAUGAGAACCAGUGAUCUUGGUUCUCAGUCAUACAAACAUGGCUAGAUCACAUCAUUUAACAUGGAGCAAACUGUAAGAGUUACUACUGGAGGGUUCUCGUGGAAACAGGAAUGACUCCAGAUCUGGACUGAACACAUGAAGGGAGUGAAUGGGACAUGUGAAAACAGUGGCAGCUUCACACAGACAGCUUCUCUCCAGGCAGUAGUAUCCCCACCAGGCACUUCACUUAGCCCGGAGCCUGUUCUUCUUACCCACUGUCACCGACAACAGGGCAGCCCUUCCCCAGAUCUCUGUUGUCAAGCAAGGCUAGAGGAAGCUGGCAGCCUCAGGAUAGGAGUGGAAAAAGUCAUACCUCUAGAAACUCAGCUCUACCCCUAAAAACCGUGCCCCAGGAUUCCUUCAUGUUCUAAGUACAAAUGGGAGUGCUCCACUUUCCACAACAGCAAUUUCCUCCUGAGAAAUGGCAGUAGACCUUGGUUUUGUCACCGUGAUCCAUUUUAUUGCCUCUUUCUCCUCUUCCCACUGGAAUAGAGUGGACUCCUGGGUAACAGCUCAGCCUUCUGGCACCUUCCUUCCACUUCUUUCCCCGUGGUAGUGGUACUGUGUUAUUAUUAUUAUUAAUUUUUUGGUUACCUUUUCUCACACCUAUCUUCACCUCUUUCCUUCUCUUUAUUUUUCUGCCCAGAAAAACCUGACUUCGAUACCAAAAAAAGAUAAAACUACAGAAACUCAAAUUU